AUGGCGUCGCGACUAAAAUUGGCUCAAACUCUAGGUACAGUGCAUUAUCUGGAGCCAAGCUUGUUAGUUGUGGAGUCGAGACCCUUCGGCUGCGAAAAUGCGUACUCAUCUGAACUUAGAUUGGGCCAGCUAGGCUUGUUGGCUGCUCGCAAUUCAUAUGCGCUUCGAGAUCCCCAUACAUGCACGCACAUCAAUUCAGCCAUAAACAUUCAAGAUGCAGUUAAGGAGGCCCUUUGUGACAACAUUUGUGCAUUUGGUCAUUCAUCAUUAUCAAAGCUAUAA